AUGUACGUUUACAAGCUCUACGUGGGCCUCACAAACGUCGUCACAGCACAGCCAAAGACAAAGCGUAUCAACAUAUUCCAGCAGAGCCUGGCCGGUGAUCUCCAGCACUUGUCGACACUAAAGAAGCACAGACGGCCAGACUAUCGGUUUGGACGUAUCCAGCUCGAGUGGUUUAGAAUCCAGAAAGACAGCAGCAUGCAGGGUGUGCAGACUGGGCUGAGUGCAGUGUUCGAGGCCUCAGGGUCGUCGUCGCAUGGCAGCAGCACACCUGUGAGCACCCGAGCGAAUCGGCCGCGCGUGCUGGCAGUUCUGGCAGUGCCUGGGUACAUGACGCCGACGGACUUUUUGUCGUUCGUGGCGCCGUUUCAGAGCAGGAUCGAGCACCUCCGUGUGCUGCGCGACCGCUCACCCAACCACUACAUGAUACUGAUACGGCUUACUGCAGCGGCGGAUGCCGACGAGUUCUACAUGUAUUACAAUGGCAAGACAUUCAGCCCGCUGGAGCCCGAGAACUGCCAUGUCGUCUAUAUCAGCCAGGUCGAGUGUGAGUAUGCUGAGAUUGCGCUGCAGAGCAAUCUGUUUAUGCACCCCAAAUGGGAUGUGGAUGACAUCAACGAACUACCGACGUGCCCGCGUCAGGGGCUGCUGACGAUUAUGUGCCAGCACACGUUCCAUUGCCGGUGUCUGGCCAAAUGGGGCGAUGGCAACUGCCCCGUGUGUCGCUACAGCCAGACGUCGCCGUUCGUUGACCAGGAACGGUUCCAGCAAGCCGUGGGCAGCUUCCCACAGAUCCGGUUGGCUGAUCGCUCCCACACACCAGGAGGGGGUGGCGACCUGUGGAUAUGUCUUAUCUGCGGUACGAUCGGGUGUGGGCGGUAUGUCAACGGCCAUGCCAAAGACCACUUCAGCCAGACACAGCACCCGUAUUCGAUGGAGCUCGAAUCGCAGCGCGUUUGGGACUACGUCGGGGAUGGAUAUGUGCACCGGCUGCUACAGAACAAGGCUGACGGCAAGCUAGUUGAGCUGUCGGCGCCAGCACACACAAGAAUGGCCGUGCCGCAAGCCGGCACAUCGCGGCUUAAUCGCAGCACUCCGCCGGACUCCAAGACAAGCCAGCAGGUGCCAAGUUGCCCCUCGGAUGUGUACUUUGAGGCGCGUGAAAAGCUGGAUGCAGUGACCGAAGAGUAUGAGAUCCUGCUUACCUCGCAGCUCGAGUCGCAGCGCGAGCACUACGAGAUCCAGCUCGCCCGCCAGCAGCACCAGAAUGCGCGGUGGCCAAAGCAGUACGCUGACCUCGAGCGCAAAUUUGCCGAGCUUGAGACAAAGUACACAGGACUGGCAGCGGCGCAGGACCUGAGCACGAGGAUCCAGUUCCGGAGGGAUCUUGGGAAGCAGCGCGAUCGGGCCGAGUCUGAGCGCCGCGAGUGGGCUGAGGAGCGGAAGCGGCUUGAGAAGUCGACUGACGAUGCGCGGCUGCUGGCCGAAGAAAAGGCGCUGUCGCAGCAUCUGAUAGCCAACCAGGCGAAGCUCAACGAGACUAUCGCGCAGAUGAACCACAGCAUGGAUGACCUGAAGGAGCAGGAGAAAAUCAGCGCAUCGGGCAGCUCGCUGCAGGGCGCAUCGGUGGUGGGCGUGGCCGAGGCGCCAGCCAAGAGCAAGGGCAAGCGGCGGAUACCGAGGAAAUAG